AUGCCAGGAGAGAGCACCCACAGAUCCGUCCCCGCCGACAAGCAGGGAGCCGAGGAAACGGGGCUCCCAGGACCAGACAUGACUAGGCACCCAUCUACUGACUCUACUCCUAGUGACUGUGGCUCCUCUCCCAGUGACAGUGGUUCCAGCCCUUCUCCUAGUACUCCACAGAAACUUCUCCCAGCAUGUACUUCUCCAUUUGGACCACGACUAUGUCAUGUGACACCCAGCUCCACCGGUACUACAAGGCCACAGCCUGAGGGCUCCGACCAUCGCAGCAACGCAGCCAGACUGUCUGGAAAAUUAGGUGGCCAUGGACCGUGUGGCCGCCAUGUCGCAGUUAAAAUGGAGAGAAUAAAGGUCCUGACUGGUUCUGAGGUGGAGAGUGACUAUCAAGAGCUGCAAACCAUUGACACGCGAGUGGUGAUGGGUGAAGAGACGCUACUCAGAAAUGCAGACAUCCAGAAAGGAAAGCCCUUGGUUCAACCAGGUGGUCAGGCUAUCCCUUUGCCAGAUAUUCCAAGGGUCCCUCAUCCACAAGCAAAAGACACACAACUGGAAUCCAGGAAAGAAGAACAACUAUCACAAAUCUCUCAAAAACCAGAAGAUCAGGAAAAAGACCCUGCACAGCCCUCAAUCACUCACAUUUCACCCUCUUCCCCAGAGUUUGUCCCUACUGAUAACAAAGUGACAGACAACAAGGCGGAGGAAGAGACCCUCUCCAAAGAUGAAGUGCCUUCACUCUCUUUUUCUGAGCUGGCCUGUCCAGUUGCUUUGUCCUUCUCUGAGCCAUCCUGUGCAGUUGACCCUCUGAGAGUGGGAGUUCCCUCAUCUCUUGAUCCAGACCUUUACUAUACUGCUCCGUCCACACCAAUCAAGAUGACUACACGCUCCACGCACCUUAAACAUCAUUCAUAUCCCGGCUCCCCAGCCUCCCCUCUGUCCCCCGGCUCCCCCUCUGACAGUGAGGACCUCUGCUCUCCUCUUACUUCUCCUUCGGGUUCUUACAUCACAGCAGAGGGUGGUAGCUGGACGUCCUCAUAUACAUCCUCGACCUCUCCGUCUGCUUCUCCCAACCUUCUCCUUACAGAAGAAACACAAGAGGCCCCUGCUUGCUUUGUGAGCUCCCUGUCAGAAAUUGGGGAUGAAGUUGGGGAAGAAAAGGGACGACCGGCUCCUGAACAUGAGGAGGAGAGGUCGGGGGACUUCUGCCUGUAUCACCCCGAGGAUUUUUUCAUGAAUUCGCGGUUAGGUGUGGCUGACACAGUGAUCCCUGAGGAGGAUGAACCUCAAAAGGGGGAGAAGAUUAACAAUUCUAGAGAAAGCUGUCAUCCUUCCUGGGAGAAUGAGAAUACAUCCCCAAUAAGGAGCAGCAGUAGCAGUGACUCCCAGGAUGAUGAAAAUGAGUCUGAAAAUUCACUUUGCCCUCUCCAUGAGGCCAGUGCAGUGGGGGAAGACUAUUCUACACCAAUGCAGACAGGCCUGAGACUGCAACUGGAUGCAUGUGCAUUAGAUGAACUCUAUGCACAAGUGGAUGCCGGGUCAGAUCUUCCUUCCACUUCCAUGACUCCCGAGACAGAGAAUAUGACUAUGGCCUCUUCUAGCAUUAGCCCUGACUCACCAGUUCUUCCCUUGGAUGCCUUUUGUCCUGGAGUGUUUGACAGUAUUGGGCCGAGUUCUUUCUUACUCUCCCAGGCUGCAUGUGCUGAUGAUUUAGCAGAUGAGGAAAGGAUGAUCCCAGCUUCACUCAUCUCCUUUCCGCUCCACACCAGUCUAAUCUUUAAGGCUGACUCAAUGGAAAUCACCCUCUUCCCCACAGAGGAAGAAAGCGAAAUAGAAGUCAACGACAGAAACGAAAAAAAUGAUGUUGAUGCAUAUGGAGCAGGAGAAGAGGAGGCAGAUGUGGAAGAUGACGAUGAAGAUGAAGAUGAUGAUGAUGAUUACAAUUAUGAUGAUGGUAACUCUGAAGCCUCUCAUGAAAGUGAUGGUGAGGAAAAUGAUAAAGGUGAUGACAGCAACAAACUGGAAGAAGCUGGUGAGGAGGCUAAAGUAGAAGUAAAAGUGGUAGGAGAAGAGGAAAAAAAAGAGGACCAAGAAGACGAUGAUAAUGAUGAGUGUGAAAACAAAGCUGUAGAAGACCCUUCAGAUGAGGACAGCUCUGCAUCAUUCCUUCACUCACUUUCAGAAACAUCUAUCAAUGAGGGGUUGGAUGAAGCGUUUUGUUUUCAAGAUGAUACAGAUGACUCAUUGGAUUCUGCCUCAUAUAAUGGGGAGGAAGAUGACUCCCUAUACAGCACUGAGAGGCAUGCACAAUCACUAGAACCAACACCAGCAGAAGGACUAGAUGAAAUCCAUGCUGGAUCUGCACAGGAAUUGGGUCAAACUGAACCUUUUAAUUCAAAACCAAGCAUUGACAAGCUAGCAGAUCACCCCAAACCCACUUGUCCUUUUGAAGCUGUCACUCCACAUCCCACAGACAACAGGAGAGACCCCUUACCUUUCCCUGAACCAGAAAAAUCUGAAUCAGUCCCUGAAAUGAAAUCAACCGGCAGACUGGAGGAAUCAAAACCUUUGCAAAUGAAAGUUGAACCUGUGGAUAACCAGAGACUGCUUCAUUCUCCAGAGACACAUUCUUGCCAGCUGGAGUCCCCCAUUAACCCACACGAGAAUGUGGAAGAGAAAGAAACGAUGAACAAUGCUCUUCCUGAUUUGAAUCCAUCUGACACUCCUGUUGUCACCCAUGCAUCAUCUGAAUCUGCCACUGAGUCCCAAACCAUUUAUCCUUAUGUAUUGAUGACAACAGAGCCAACAAGUUCAACCCUUCCAGAAGAGUUGCCUGUGGAAAGCCCCGUUUUGAAGACAGAGCAGACAAAAGAACCUGAGAGGGACUCUUUCAAAUUGCUCAUCAAGUCCCGUCAUAACAACUCAGAAAGGCAACGAACCAUAGGAGCAAGCAGAGUUGCACUGUCAAAGUCUUUCUCUGGUCAAUAUGAUGUGCCUGUGGUAAGAGAGGCUCAGUCUGGGCCAUGUGUCCACAGCGAGACUGGCUCUGAGCUUGACCAGAAGAAUCGGAAUACUUCAGCUGAGUCUGUGAGUGUUGACGUUAGAAACACUGAUGCCGGUUCACCAUUAAACAUGGUCUCUCCAACCAAUGACUUGAAUAAAGGUCCUCUUCUUCUGUCCUGUCCUAAAGACUCGAGUCCCAACCUAAGUAAUAUCCCUGUUUCUGCUUCUCCAGAAGUCAUCUCAGAAAUGUCUGACAACUUGGCUCUGACUCCUGAACACUGUCUUGGGGAUUCUGCCCAGGAGAACCUGAGGGAAAACACUCUGAGCGCUGAAGAGGGGGUCCUGGGUGCCAUAGGCUCUUCACACUCCCCACUUGCGAUCUCACCCAAAAGAGAAAAUUCAGAAACAGACUCAAGUAGAGAGAUGGCUCCGGGAGCUGGGGCGUGGUGUGAUGCCAGAAUGGGGCUGGGCGUCGGUUUAGGAUUCAGUUCUGGAUCUGAUUUCGAUGUCUGGGGAACAGGAGACUCCCUGUCAUUAUCUCUGGGCAAAAGGUAUGAGAUAAAGGCAGAGAGCUUGGUGUGCAGUAGAGAGGAACAAAGCAUGCAAACAGCCACGGUUACUGACGUGUCGAAAAACUAUGACAAUGUUCUGCGUUCUAUUCUGAAUGAGGACAAUAACAACAGUAGUGGAAAGAAAGAACAAGUGGUGGAUGAAGAAUUGGUUGCAGAGGGAGUUUCUGAGUCCAACUUGACUCACUGGAAAUCAAUUGAAGAAAUCUCAGAGGCAGGCGGAGGAGAAGAGGGAAGUUUUCAAUUACCACAAGAUAUUGUCAGUAAUUUGAAUCCAGACAAUGAAGACUAUAACACACAAACGCAAAUCCUAGACUCUUGGAGAAAUUCAAAUGACUCUGCCUUCGAUUCAAUGGAUGUUGGCUUGUAUGGAAGUCUGAAUGCUUUGUCAGAGGAAGUAAGACACCAGAGUGUUAAUGUCAAUGUUACAGAUUCUGUCUCUAAUAUUCCACUUGAAGAGAUGCCUCCUCUGACAACAGGGCAAUCUCAUGAUGAGGAUCAAGAAAUAACAAGGGGACCCAUGAACCAAAUAUUAGACAUAACACAGGCACCAGCUUCAGAGGAGGGCAUUUGUGCCAGUCCAGUACCAAUGGUUGACUCUAGUGCUGAUGCAGCAGCAACUGCCAAACGCUGUGAUUCACCAAGUAAAGCUGAACCAGGAUGUAAUAGCACUCCAGAGUGUCAAUCAGUCCCUCCACAGAGCGACACAUUUUUGUUGCCACGGGGAUCAUUUGGGCUAUUCACUCCCAAAAACAAGGCAGGUAUCUCUAGAUCAAGCUGUGCUUGUGAAGAAAAGAUGAAAAACACUGUCCCUCUUUUAAAGACAGAGGUGGCUGAGCUUCCGACGGAGGGCCAAAGAAAAAGUGACAUCAGUUCUGUGGGAGACGGAAACGAUAGAGAGCCAAAGACUAAGGAUGCCUUCAGGGGACAGUCUUGUAUUGUUUGUAUCUCAGGGGAAGAAGAUGAUGAAUACGAAGAAAAAGAGCAUGGCAGAGAGAAAGUUAGUAAAGACAGUAAGACGAAAAAAGAAAGAAAACCAUCUUCUGCGCAGAAGGGCUCAGAGCACUUUACAUGUAAUGUUCCUAAAGAUGAAAUUUGCACAGACACACAAGCUGCUGCUACAAAAGGGAGAAGGAGGAAGCAGAGUAAACAAAGAGCAUCUCAAACAGGAAGUGAUGCUGACAUCAGCAUGGAACUUGUUGAUGAUCCAAAGAAACCAUCUUGUUCAUUGAACACAUCAGAUGGACAGACAGAGGGGGCUGCAGAUAGUUCUAAACCUAAGAUUGGCUACAAUGCAAACAACAACUUUUCAAAACCAGUCGGUCAUCAGAGGACAUCUAUGAUGGAGAAAGUUGAAUCUGAUUCAAAGGAGCAGGGACAUAACAAUUCCAACACUGGUGUCAUAGGUCCAAUACUAGGACACUGCAGCUCUACAACAAGAAGACCAGACAACUUCAAUGUUGUGAUGGGGAACCAAGACAUACCGCAGAACCAGGAAGUGCUUGAUAACAGACCACUUGCUAACAAUCAGAGAGGAAGAGUAGACAUUAAUGACAACAACAUAGAUAUUAACUCCAGCCAACCAACCCAGAAUAUCCAAUCAUACUCUCUGAUUCCACUCUCUUCUUCAUGCCCCACCUCCCCACCUCGUGCCUCAACAGAGUCAGACACUGAUCUAUCCACACCUGUGCAGGAAUCCCAACCUGCUCUCUCAUCUCAACAACAAGCAUCACUGUCCAUUUGUCAAACCACUUCUGCUGUUUUCUCUGCCUUCACCAAAAUUCAGCAAUCCUCUGAUUCUGGAUCUCCAUCAAACAGCAGCAAUGGACGAGCCAUGGAUGUCUGUUCUACAUCAACAACAGCUGCCACGAGUGUGUCUUCAUACAUCCUGUCCAAUACCAUUCCAUUAAACCUUUCCAAUGCUACACAAGAGACUGGGGCCACGGACUCAGUAUGUCCUCCCGACUCUUCUUUCCAUCCAGAAUCCAAGUCUAACUCACAGCCUCAGGCUACUGUCAACAUCCACUCACACAAACAAACCAACCGAGGUCACACAGGGAGCGACGUAGAUCGGUGCAGAGGUCAAAAUUUAGCUGAAGAGGAGACAGACAGUGAAGGGGAUGAUGGACGCUCCCGACAGGCGCAGCGAUCUCAGCCCAGAGGCGUUCCAGGAAGCAGAAAUGGGCCAUCUCAGAAUGAGUCUGGUCUAACUAAUCAACAGGAAAUCCAGCCUUUCUUUACCCGUCAAAGGGCCAACAGACAGCCUGGCUGUCCGAUCAACCACAGUCACAACAUAUCUGAGGAGACUGACCUCUCCCUAAAAAACAACUGUCCCAUAUUGGCUUCCUGUAAUGAGUCUGAAAGUGAAGGCUCUGUGCCUGAGCUCGAAGAGCCAGAGCCCCUGAGACCAUCAGACCCGCACUCUAUAUCCUCUGCAGAUGAAGCUAUGAACAGACCCAAACAAAGCCGCAGUGAGAAGAAGGCGCGGAAGGCCAUGUCUAAACUGGGUCUGAAGCCAGUCCACGGUGUGACCAGAAUCACUAUCAGGAAGUCCAAGAGUAUCUUGUUUGUCAUCAGCAGACCUGAUGUAUUCAAAAGCCCUUUGUCAGACAUCUACAUUGUAUUUGGAGAGGCCAAGAUUGAGGAUCUAUCUCAGCAGGCUCACAAAGCAGCUGCAGAGAAAUUCAAGGUGCCUGUGACCUCCUCUCCUUUAGCCCCACCUGUCCCACCCAGCCUCACCAUCAAGGAGGAGAGCGAAGAGGAGGAAGAGGAGGUGGACGAGGGAGGUCUCGAGCAGAGAGACAUUGAGCUGGUGAUGGCACAGGCCAACGUGUCACGAGCCAAGGCCGUCCGUGCUCUGAAACACAACAAGAAUGACAUUGUGAAUGCAAUCAUGGUGAGGAUGAAAGGAGGGAGGAAAGAGUGA